UGUCUUCUUCUUUUUUUCUAACUUGCUCGUACCAACAAAAAUCGAGAAAAAAAUAAAUAAAUCAAGGGGGAGAGAAAAUCGCGGAGGAAGACAAAUUGGCCCUGAGAUUUUCCAAAUUUCUAGAGAGAGAGAAAGUAAGAUUAGUUUAUUUCAACGUAAAGUUGUAAGAGAGAGAGAGAAAAGAGUUGUCUUAUUUGUUUUAUUGUUAAUUAAACGUUGUCGCCAUUUACGCCAUUGAUUGAUUCAAGUUAAGUGCGUUGAAUCAAACAGAGGUAUCAAACUUGCAUUUCAAAGCUCUGAUUUUAAAUUUAUUUACCCAUCUUGUAAGAGUUUUUUUCUGGUACUUAGCAGUGUUUGAAUUUCACUUCACUAGCAAGCAUUACCCGUCGGAUCUUGAACGAAAUGGGUGAUACAGACACUGAUAUGAUCCACACACUCCAUUCUCCAUUCGGCAAACAGCCUCAGCAGCUCCAAUUAAACCCUAACCUCAUCCAAUUCUCCAGUGACAGCGCCAAACGAGUCGGUGUUCCUCCGACUUCUCCCUACUCUCAGAUCCCGACGACCAGACCACAACCUCAUGGAGCUACUCACUCACGCUCAAUCUCACAGCCUUCCUCUUUCUUCUCCUUCGAUUCCUUGCCUCCCCUAAGCCCUUCUCCCUUUAACAACAGCAACAACAACCAGCCUUCUUCGCUGUUGCCUCCUCCACCGUUCACGAGGUGUAACUCCGACUCUUCUAGAGUCGUUUUGCCUCCGAGAAAGUCUCAUAGACGCUCCAACAGCGAUAUUCCCACUUCUAUCCCUCCAAGACCGUUGGAGAGAGGGGAAUCUCCUGAUUGGUCAAAUCACACUCCUCCUUUCGUCAAGAAGGAGUCGGGAGAAGACAUGGAUGACCUCUUCUCGGCGUAUAUGAAUCUUGAAAACAUCGAUGCCUUGAACUCCUCUGAAGCUGAUAUGGAGAGUAGUAGAGCAAGCGGGACCAAGACUAACGGUAGUGACGACACGGAGGGAGAAAGCAGCAGUGUUAAUUACGAGAGUGGCGGCGAUCGUAACAAUAGCUUGAAGAGAAGAGCCGGAGGAGAAGGAGACAUUGCUCCUACGACAAGACAUUACAGGAGUGUUUCGGUUGACAGUUGUUUCAUGGAGAAAAUGUCUUUUGGUGAAGACUCACUAAAGCCUCCUCCUACCAACUCGGUUGAUGGUGGCAUCGAGUUUAAGAGCGGUGAGUUUAAUGCGGCGGAGAUGAAGAAGAUCAUGGCUAAUGAUAAACUAGCAGAGAUGGCAGUGUCUGACCCUAAGCGUGUCAAAAGGAUAUUGGCGAACCGUCAGUCUGCAGCGAGGUCAAAGGAGAGGAAGAUGCGGUACAUUGUGGAAUUGGAACACAAAGUGCAGACUCUUCAGACCGAGGCUACUACAUUGUCUGCUCAGUUCACGCUUUUGCAGAGAGAUAUGAUGGGGUUGACAAACCAGAACAAUGAGCUCAAGUUUCGUCUUCAAUCAAUGGAGCAUCAAGCUCAGCUUCGCGAUGCUCUGAGUGAAGCACUGAAUGGGGAAGUCCAGAGACUGAAACUGGCAAUUGGUGAGACCAGCCACAACGAAUCUGAUAGAUCAAAGAUGCAAUCACUCAACGCUGAGAUGUUCCAGCAACUCCACAUCAGCCAGCUAACACAGCAGCCACAGUCUCAGCAGAACCGUAAUGGAACCAUGUCAGCAAAACCGGAAUCAAAUGAAUUAUAGAGCAGAUAAGUUGUUGAGUUGGUGGCUGGAUCAAAGGGUUGGAGUCUUUAGUUUUCAAGUUACAGAUCAAUGAAUCAAACAUUAUAUUUUAUUUAUUUAUGUGCAGUCUGUUGGCAUUACAUAUAUGGCGCAAGUUCAAAAACUAAUAAUUUUACAGUGUUUUAUUCAAUUUAUGGUAGAUAGAAUAUGGUUGUAAACUUGUAAUGGAUGCUUCAAGGUGGGUUUGAGCUUCCGACAGGGAUUCUCUGUUUGUUUUUUUAAGUUUGGAUUCUGUCUC